GGCCAUUGCAAGAUCAGCUUCGGUUUCUUGUCACUUUUGUCCAGGCCCUUUACUCAGAGCUCGAAAGCCAAACUCGAACUUAACUUCUUUUUUCGCAUACGCACCGUUGUACCGGGUCUUGCAUUAUCUUCGGUUGUUUUGUGUUAUUGUGUGGUGUUCCCAUUGUUAUGGGCACUCGCGUCGCCAUGGGUGCAAAGGUGUGUAAAACUGUAGCUGGCAGCUCGACAUGAUGGAAAUGGAACUGUGCCGCUCGAGUAAGCAACGCUCGACACCACCAUUGCCAUCGCCAUCGCCAUCGCCUUAGCCAUCGCCAUCGACAUCAACAUCAACAUCGCCAUAUUCGUAAGUUCGCGUCGCGGUCGAUGACAACUUUGUGCCUGCUUUGCGGGCUUAUCUGACCCUGUUCGUAGAAACAUCUCAAAGAUACAUAAUAAUAUACAGUACUUAUGCAGACAGAGAGUACUCAAUUCACAUAGUUUAAAUGUUAAAUGUGGUCCUAUUGUGCACACCAACAAAACAAAAUAUAAUAAUUGUCGAAAAUCCCGCAUUGUGAAUAGGUGCUGAAAAUGUGAAAAACACAAAAUGAAAAUAUUUUGAGCAAACGCUGCGCAUGGAAAUCACUCAGCGAUCUCUUAGAAUGGUGCAUGACUAAAAAGGAAAGCUCAAGCAAUAUAUAUAGAAAAUAGACAAAAAAACAAGUGUAGUUUACAAUGCAAGAGGUGUGCAGUACAUUGGACACAACCCAAAUGGGCGCCCAGAUCAAAUCGGAGUCGCCACUCAAUCCGCUUCAGGUGCAAACGGGCCAGACGACGGUGGUGCCCGUUGUGACCGGACCGGGGCCACAGGGGCCGCAGGGACCGCCGCCAGCGGUGAUGCUUGUCAACAAAAUGGUACCGAACUGUGAUAAACGAGCGGCGGACACCGCCUAUUGGAUGGCCUCCGAAGGGGGUUUCAUCAACUCUCAGCCCUCGAUGGCCGAGUUUCUCAAUCACUUGAGUCCGGAGAGCCCGAAAAUUGGCACACCUGUUGUCGGCGGCGGUGUCGGUGGCGGAUAUCCGGUUGGUGUUGGUGGUGUACCGCAGACGCCGGAUGGGAUGGACUCGGUGCCCGAGUAUCCCUGGAUGAAAGAGAAGAAGACAUCGCGCAAGAGCAGCAACAACAACAAUCAGGGUGAUAACUCCAUAACUGAAUUCGUUCCAGAAAACGGCCUGCCCCGACGACUGCGCACCGCGUACACAAACACGCAGCUGCUGGAGCUGGAGAAGGAAUUCCAUUUCAAUAAAUAUUUAUGCCGCCCAAGGAGAAUUGAAAUAGCAGCCAGCUUGGAUCUGACCGAGCGGCAGGUUAAGGUCUGGUUUCAAAAUCGCCGCAUGAAACACAAGCGACAAACGCUCUCGAAGACAGACGAUGAGGACAACAAGGAUAGCCUCAAAGGUGACGACGAUCAAUCCGACAGCAACUCCAAUUCGAAGAAAUCGUGUCAAGGCUGCGAGCUGCCCUCAGAUGAUAUACCGGACUCCACGUCCAAUUCGAGAGGACACAACAACAACACGCCCAGCGCCACAAAUAACAAUCCGAGCGCAGGAAGUCUCACCCCGAACUCAUCACUGGAGACCGGCAUCUCGUCCAAUCUGCUGGGCAGCACCACCGUAUCCGCCUCGAAUGUCAUCAGUGCCGACUCCAGCGUCGCGUCCAGCGUCAGCCUCGACGAGGACAUCGACGAGAGUCCCAUCAAGGUCAAGAAGAAAGACGACUCUCACGGCCAGGUCAUUAAAAAGGAGGCUGUUUCCACCUCGUCCAAGGCCUCACCCUUCGGCUACACCGACGCGGGUCCCAGUCUGGCCAGUUUCCGGCGCGAUUCGGAUGCCUCCGUUGCCUCGAAUCCGCCCGCAACCAAAGCCGGCAACAAGAAACGGUAUCAGAAUCCAAACGCGAAUGCGAAUCCAAUUGGAAUUGCGUCGCCGCUGAGCGAGAGCAGCAACGCUACUGGGCCAGCUGGUUAUUUUCCUGGUGCUGCCUACUAUCCCAAUCCGAAUGUGAAUCCGAGUGCAAAGGCAUUGCAGGCGCCGCAGCAAAUGCCUCAGGAUUAUUAUGGCAAAUACGAUAUUGAGUUUGCCGCCUCGCCGCACCACAACCCGCACAAGCAACAGCAGCAACAGCAGCAACAAGCGCUUCACGGCGAAUAUCUAAGUCCCAAACCAAACACCAAUGCCGCCAACAGUAAUUUCCAUCAAAACAGUCAACAGCAACAACACCAACAUGAGCAGCAGUUCUACUACAACUACAACGACACCAAUGGCGGCAGUGCGUACAUGAACCACCAACAGCACCAGCAGCAGCAUCAUCCAGUUGGUGAUUUUGAGGCGCCACCUAUCAACGGACCGACGAACUUUUAUGAUCCCAAGUCGCAGACUGGCGGUGCUUACUACGACAACAUGAAUUUCCAACACCAACACCAGUCGGUUGGGUUCCAGCAACAGCACCAACAACAACACCAGCAACAGCAGACGCCUAUAAGUCACCAACAACACAUGCAUCACAUUGGAGCUGGUGAAACGUAUAGUGCGCUUGGCCUGCAAAUGGAGAACUGCGAUAGCUACAACAACUUUGGCGGCGGCUACUAUGAACCGGGCGCUGCUCAACAACAGCAACAACAACCGCCUGUGCCGCCCACGCACACCCACCCGCACCCCCAUCCGCAUCCGCAUCCCCAUCAUCCACAUCCGCAUCCGCAUCAUAUGCAGGCGCAAGCACACCCCCAUCUGCAUGCAUCGCACCACAAUCCAGUUGCGACUGCAGCCGCUAUCCAAGUGGUAGGCGGAGGCGCGCCCCCGCCACCCACCUCUCAUGUCCACAUACCAAAUGCAAAUGCGGCGAAUUCCAAUUUCGUGCUGAACGGGGGUGGUGCGCCUGUGGUGGCUGGUGGACAGAUACAGGCGUUUGCCAACACUGGUGGUGGUGCGGCGGCAGCGGCUGCCAUCAGCGGGCUGGAAAAUUCGAACAGCUCGUCGGACUUUAAUUUUCUGAGCAAUCUGGCCAACGAUUUUGCACCCGAAUAUUAUCAGCUAAGUUAGUUUUGGUAGUUUAUAGACUGUAAAUAAAAUGAAAUCAAAAUCGAUGUAGUCGAAUUUUGUCUGAGUGUGCGUGUGUGUGUGUGUGUGUGUAAGCACUUUGUCGUAGCACAUAUCUGUAAAUAU